UUUAUGAACCUGCGAGACGAGCAUUGGAUCAACUCUUAAUCCUCAACUUCUCCUCCCUGGAGCACUUUGUUGAAAAACUUUUUUUUUCUUCAAUCCUCUAAAGUGAAAGAGACUGAAGAUCACCUGUUUAUUUGUGUGUGUUUUUCCUUUUGAAUUGCCCUCCAUCUCCUGGCAGUCACUUAACACUGUGGAUGAGUGCCACACAAACUUUUCUCCUCCUGGACUGAUUUUACCAUCUGGCCGUUCUCUGUCCCGUGAGAAUAGCCCCUGUUCUCUCUUCCAAUCAUCACAAAGAACUGACUCGUACUGUUAAACCUAGACGGGGGACAACAUCUGUCCGCCAUCUUUGUCAGUGCUGCAAAGUACUAUGGGAGUGCUCACAGAAGUAAUUCAGGAUGGCUCUCAAUGUUCCUGGUCUUGUGGUGAUGGCGGCGUUCUACCUGCUCAUCUUGGGUACAGGAAUCUGGGCGUCCAUGCGCUCCAAGAAAGAGGAGAAGAAGUGCUCAGGAGAUGGCAUGGAGAUAACACUCUUGGCUGGACGCAACAUUAACUUGCUAGUUGGCAUCUUCACUCUUACUGCUACAUGGGUGGGCGGAGGAUUCAUCCUUGGAAUAGCUGAGGCUACAUACAAUCCAACACUUGGUGCAGUCUGGGCUCUCAUGCCUGUACCGUAUGUCCUGACCUUUUUCUUAGGUGGCUUUUUCUUUGCCAAGCCUAUGAGAGAGAACAAGUAUUUGACAAUGAUGGAUCCCUUCCAACAGAAGUACGGGAACGUUCUGAGCAGUGCGCUGAUCUUUCCCGCACUGGUUGCCGAUGUCCUGUGGGUGGCACGUACACUCGUCAGCCUGGGUGGUACUAUGAGUGUGAUCCUGGACCUGUCCUACGUCUACUCCAUCAUCAUCUCCUCAGUAGUAGCCAUCAUCUACACACUGCUUGGGGGCCUCUACUCUGUGGCAUAUACAGAUGUCAUCCAGCUCAUCCUCAUCUUUGUCAGUCUGUGGGUGUGUGUUCCUUUCCUGAUGACCAACCCUCACUCAGUGGACAUCUCAGUGACAGCUUACAACCAGACCUUCCAGGCUCCCUGGGUCGGUACGGUGGAGCUCGAUGAGGCCGGCAAGUGGUUUGACGACUUCAUGCUGCUGGCUCUGGGCGGUUUGGCCUACCAGGCGUUCUACCAAAGAAUCCUGUCAGCCUCAUCUUACACCCAGGCUCAAGUGACCUGUUUUGCCUCAUCGGCUUUCUGCCUGGUGCUCGGUAUCCCCUCUGUGCUGAUUGGGGCUGUGGCUGCGUCAACAGACUGGAACUCAACCAGUUAUGGAUUGCCGACCCCAUAUGAGCGUGACCAGGCUGGUUCCAUUCUCCCCAUUGCCCUGCAGUUCCUCACACCUGCCUACAUCUCUGUCAUUGGUAUUGGAGCUGUGGCUGCUGCUGUUAUGUCCUCAAUGGACUCAGCUCUUCUGUCCUCUGCCUCUCUGUUUUCAUCAAAUAUCUACAAGAACAUCAUCAGAAAGCAGGCUUCAGACCGUGAGAUGCAGUGGGUGAUUCGUAUCUCAGUGGUGGUGGUUGGUAUGGCAGGCACUGCCCUCACUUUCCUGGACAGCAGCGUUCUGGUCUUCUGGCUCGUGGGCGUGGAUAUGUCCUACACCAUCAUGUUCCCUCAGUUGGUCUGCGUCCUCUUCUUCAAGGUAUCCAAUGGCUACGGAGCCACCGUGGGCUACUUGAUGGGAAUCAUUAUGAGGCUCUUGAGUGGCGAGCCCCUCAUUGGCCUUCCACCAGCCAUCAAGUUCCCAGGCUGCCGGAUGGACGACGAGGGAAAGCUAACCCAGUACUUCCCCUUCCGCACUGCCAUCAUGGUCAUCUCACUCGCAUCCAUCCUGAUAGUCUCCUGGCUGGCGUCGAUCAUUUUCAACAAGGGUCUACUGCCUGAGAGUUUGGAUGUGUUCAAGAUCAAACGUAAGCAGAAACCAACAGCCAGUGCCCCAGACCACAAGAGGACCAUCUCUGAACAAGAAGAACCAUCCGUGGCCAAGCAGCUACUGGACACCACCAGCUGCUGAAAAGCUAACUAAGAGAGAGAGAGAGGACGGGCACUGGAUGGAGCAGGCAUGUUUGUCUGCUAUGCAGGAGUUCACAGAGGGGGGACAACAGAAAGGCUGGACAUUCUAUACUGAAUCUGUGCAGUAUCACAGUGAAAUUGUGGCAAUGAUAUUUACAUUGCGUUUGAGCUGAGCUCUCUGGCACCUUGCUUCAUCAGUUGCCUCUGUAUCUUUUUUUCAAAAUGUAAGAUGAAACUAGACUCUUUGGAUAGGAUAAAUAGCAAAAACCCAAAUAUUUUUAUGUUUAAGAUGGUAAUAUAAUAUUUAGGCCCAGAACAGAAUAUCAGCUGAACUUACAUCUGUGAUGUUUGUGUGAACCUUUUUCAUGUCAAAGUGGAAACGGGUCACACAAAAACCGGAGAUAAGUUUAAACACUAAAGUUGUUUAAUUCAACUUUAGUUAACAGUUCACAAUUAAACAACAUAUACUCUUUAUUCAUUAGAAACUCCAUAGGAUGAACAGAUUUGUCAACAUAUAUAGAUUGAAAAGAACAUAUUUGUCAUACCUUUUGAUCAAAUUAGAUACAACCUUGAGAUUCCUCUUUGACCAAUGUUGAUUCAGUUCCUGAAGACCACCACACUGUGGCAAUACAUCAUGGCAAAAAAAGACACACGCACAAGGAAUGCAACGGUCAGUCCAACAGUGUGAUGAUACAAUAGUUUACAACUCACAUUGAAAAGUUUGUAAUUAAUUAUUACAAAUGACCUUUGUUAGGAGAGACUUAUACAAAGCUGCAGGAACGCACCAAGCCAUCUUCCACAUUCUUUACUGAAUAAUCAUUUUUCACUUUGGCCAGGGUGUGACUCACGGCACUGUACUGCACUCUGAGUGCACCUAGCUUCUAUCUCUGUAAAUGGUUGCAGCUAUGUGCAGCAUGACUAGGCUCUUUCACACCAGAACAAAGAAUGCUACCCAAAGAACACGUACACGCCCUGCCAUGCUCCUGGGCGCAUUUUAUUUUUUAAGACAUUUUGUUAUUUAACCUGAUGAUUUGUGAUGGGACUUCUGCUGCCUCAGGCGCUACUAUACAAUGGUGAUUUUUCGUAGCUGGUCAGUUAGUAUUAGACAAUCCAUUUUGAACCUAAUGAAUAUAACUUUUAAAUACAAUCAUAGUUUAAAAGCUAUUGUGAUUUUAUUCUUAAAUGGCAGCCAGUGCUGUUUUCUGAUUUCCAAACUGCUUUGCUUAAGCGUCUCUGUUUUGCAACAGCCGGAAAAUGCUUAUCUGUUUCUGGAAAGAUGAAUCUUAGUGUGAAUCUGUGAAUAUGUGGAGAGGUCUGUCACGUCCAUAAGAACAUGUUUUAGACCUAAGUCCUGACUGAUCAGACUUAGGUUGCAGUGCAAUGCUGGGGGGGUUAGUGUGUAAGCAAUUCUGACUUUAUGAACGUUAACCAGAACAAUUGGACCGAGGUAACACAAACACUAUUUUAGGACUAUUUAACACUCAAUAGUUUUGUUCCAAAUGUUCAAAGGUCAAGAAGAGCAGUAAUGAGAGGGAACUUCAUAACUUCAACUCCCAUCAUCCUGCAGGUUUGAUAAGGCCAUUCCUCUCAGCAGGGUUUUACUCAUAUUUUAAAUAACUGAAUGUAGCAGUCCUUUACAACUAAACAGAGAGAAACAACAUCAAACAUAUCACUCAUAUUCUUCUCUGUCCAUCAGUGUUACAUAUGAUACCUUCAGUUUGUUGUUGACUUUGUACUGAAGUUUUUUGUUUUUGUCAUUACUUCCUGGAGGGUCGUAGUUUACAGUCCGAUCAUUUUUUUUUCCUUUGAGUUGGAUAAAAUGUUUGCAACUGAGAUUAAGAAUGAACCUUAAGGCUUCACAAUAGUACAAUAUAAUGCCUUUUUACUAAUAUGAUUAUAUUAUCAGAACUUUUUGUGUUUUUAGUGUAUGUGUAAAUAUACUGAGCCUACAUAGUUUGUCAUACAAAAAGAUCCCUGCUAAUGUCUGACAGUCAGAAGAACUUCCUCUGCCAUACUGUUGCCUUUAAAAUCACUGGAAACUGGUUUCACUCCGCUGCCAGCACUUUUGUGCUGGUCAACGUAAUAUGGGUGUAUAAUCUAGUCAUGUUCAAAUACCUCAUGGGCUGGAAAUGUUUGCUUUAAGUAUCAAGACUUUAAUCUUUAUUUUGACAACGAUCCAAAGCAUACUGCGUGAAUGUCGUUUUCCAAAGACUGGACACCGAAGAAAGUGUGUCUGAAAACAGGACGCAUGCAGGACACAAUGCCUCCAUCUUUUUAUAUGCCUGAUUUUGGUUUCUACCUGUAUUAUACUCUUGUACUGUACAGUCUAAUCAUGAUUUGUAUAUUUACACUUCGUAUUUUUUAUCAAAGUUAAUCACUAUGCGUUGUGAGUUUUAGAAGAGAAACACAAGUGUGUAUUUUAUCUUAAGUUAGCAACGUUAAAUUCAAAUGAGUUCACCUUUAAUUAUGCAGAACAUUAAAUAUUUCACUUUCACGUUAACAUCACUGUUCAUUAGUGUCGGCAGUGAUUCAGAGCAGGUGUGCGUUCCACACGUCACAGGAAAAAUAUCUUGCAGGCAGAUGGUGAAAGAAGUAGCCAUGCACAACAACCCGCCUGACACGACUGAAUGUGAGAAUACUUACAGCAGUCAGUAAAUCAGCAAUACAAUGAAGGAUGGGAAGGGACGCCUUAAUAAUGGAGCAUUUAGAUGUCAUCUGUUUUUUUCAUCACUUUUUGAGGAGAUGGGUUAUUUUUUUUUCCAUGUUGGGUUAUUGAGACAUUCUCUUUGUAAGUGCUGAAAGUUGGUAGUUUUAUAAUAUAAAUAGGUGAUGAGUUCUUUGUUGAAUUUUCCCCCAAUAUGUAUUUGGUUUUAUACUAUUAUGCAUGGUGAUUUUGAUUAACUGUGUUGUUUGUAUACUGAACUUUUGUGAAGGCUGUUCUCUCUUGCCACUUGGCAAGGUCCUACUUUGUAAUCGAUUAAUGUAAAUCCCAAUGGGGUGAUGUUCUGUCAGAAUAAAGGCUGAAACCAAAGACUGUU